AUGUCUAGCGAACGCCCAUCUCCACAGCCCGAAGGCACACCAUCUUACCCUCCAACCCUCGUCCAAGCCUCUUCAGUGCCUCAAAAACGCGCCCUUGAAGAUGAUCACCAGCCUGCGAUUUCCUCCCCAUUGAACCCCGAUUUCAGACCCUCGAAACCUGCAGACGAUGCACCAUUGGCGCGCGAGCGGGCAUCAAGGGCAAAAAAAGAAUCUCUGAAGAAAAGGGAAUCGAAGGGACCGCUCACAACAGAAAGCAGCGCAAGAUCAACACCAGACCCAAAAGGUCCUAUAACGAAACAGAAGAAGAAAGCCGCCCCACCUGCGCCGACGAGAUACAAGCUUCCUGCUCCUAAAUUAUCGGAUUUCGAAGCUCCUAAACCGCCAAUAUUUGUCGAUGCGCAUGAGAAGAUGGCCCCAGAUGGACGUACGAUCGCAUUCAAAGAGACAACUGAGCAUGUUUACAAUAAACGAAGUUUUCAUUAUGUUCACUGUAUCGCAGACCCAGCCUUUCCAUCCUCGCAGUACUAUCGACAAACAGAAGCCGAACCUUUUGGACCUCGAUUCGCUUUUGAAGAUAAAUCCUCGCACAUGUUCCUAGAUGAGUCAGGCAAGCAUAUCACCACGGACAGAGGAUUUCGAAUGGCAAAAGCAAAUGUAGGCGUGCGACAGGGUAGGUGGUAUUGGGAGUGCAAGAUCACAUCCGGAAUUCCAAAUCGCAAACGGAGUGAAGCGGGACAGGAGAGCACCAAUGGACAUGUGCGAAUGGGUUGGGCGAGGAGAGAAGCUACCUUAGACGCGCCUGUGGGAUUUGAUGCAUACAGCUAUGGACUUCGAGACGCAAAAGGCCAAAAGGUAUUCAUGUCUCGGCCGAAGGACUUCUUCCCACCAGGACAGGAAAUUCAGGAGGGGGAUGUGAUUGGAUUAGAGAUCAACUUGCCUUCUGAGACAUUACAUCGAAAGGUUGUAGAAGGCCAAUACAACCCGGCAGUAGAUCUUGUAGACGACGAACCCUCGCCCGUCGAAACAGCACAUAUAAUUCGUGAACGUGUCCCAAUCAGGUUCAAGGCACAUUUAUAUUUCGAGCGGAUCGAUUAUCACCCUUCGAAAGAACUGGAAGAUCUCAUGAAUCCAUCACCGGUAAUUUCAUCACAAGGAGGCCUAGGAGGAGCUACACAAAAGCCAGGGCCAACACAUCCUUCGCCUGCUUUGCGAACACUACCCCAUUCAAGCAUCAAAGUCUACAAGAAUGGUGUUCUUAUGGGCACGCCCUUUACCGAUCUUCUGGCCUUCUUGCCGCCCGCAUCAAAGCCAAGUUCCCUACACGAUGCAAGGGAAGGCCUCGACGACGGUAUGCUCGGGUAUUAUCCCGCAGUAUCUGUCUUCAGAGGCGGCGCGGCUGAAGUCAAUUUUGGGCCAGAUUUCUGGUAUCCACCGCCAGAUUAUGGUACGCAAGGCGAUGUGGAGAUGACAGGAAGUGACCAGGCUCCUUCCAGUGGACUGAAGAAACUCCGAGCCAUUGGAGAGCGUUACGAUGAGCAGAUUGUGGAGGAUAUUGUGUACGAUAUUGUUGACGAAGUAGAUUUUUGGUUGCAGGAUGGCGGCGUCAGCGGGAAAGGAGCUACCGCUGGAGUUUUGCGUGCAUCUGCCGGUGUCCCGACCCAUUAUGGACUUGGAGGCGGCGUUGUCGGCUCAGAGAUCAAGGAGUUGGUACAAGAUGAUGAGUGA